GUUGCCGGAAGUGAGGUGGGGGGUGUGGCCGGGAGGAGAGCGGAGGCCCCAUGAUGAGCUCCAAGGCCAAGCGGGUCCUGUCCACCCGCCCCGAGUUCCCCAGCCUGGAGCAGAUCCUGAGCGACGUGCGGGGCUCCCCCCCCACUGACCCCAUCUUCCUCCUCCCCGAGGAGCUCUGCGGGGACCAGGGACCCUCCCCGGGCUCCCCCAUCCCCACGGAGGAGCGGGAGCGGCUGUUCUGGCAGAGCCGCCGGUACCUGGAGAUGAACCAAAGGCUGCGGGAAUCCCGGGAGCAGCUGCGGGAACGUCGGGAGGAGCUGGAGAGAGUAGGAGCAGCCCUGGAGCAGAGCAUCACCCAGAUGAGGCAGAAAGCCCUCUGAGAUGGCAGCCGCAGGCAGGGACACCCCGGGGGUCUGGUGUCACCCCUGCAGACCAGGGUUAAAAGUGAUCGGGUUGGGUUUUGGGGCAAAAAGACUCAAAAGGAAAAGGGGCUUUUCCCCAGGGGGGUCCUGGUGCUGGAGGGAAAGCUCUGUCCCCGUGUUGGGUCACUGGUGUUGGUGGCAUGUCCUCCCCAUCAUGUCCCUUUCCAUCUGGUGCUGCCCCGGGGAUGACCCCGUUGCCACCUCCAUCUCGGAGAGCUUGGGGCAAGAGGGAUUUCGGGGCUACGUGGAGCACCAGGACCAAGUGGCCGGGACAGCUCUCAUCCUGACAGCCACCCAGCUCAUCCGGGUGGCCAUCCUCCUCCUCCUCUCCACCAAAAUCCCUGGGUGACCCGUGGUGCCACCAAGUGUCCCAGUGGAACCUCUGGCACAUCAUCCACUGCCGUGGCACCAAGGUUAUCCCCGUCUGCCUGGGGGUGGGGAAGGAGCAGGUGCCCCCCUUCCUGCAGCACCUCACCCACCUCCACUUCCAGACCCAAGUUCUUUCAGCACCUCCUGCACAGCCUGAGGACACCGUGCUUGGUGCCCACCAAAGCCCAGCACCCCCCGUCCUCCCAAGGCCCCUCCUGAGGGGCUGCAGGGGGCAGGGGUUGGGUUUGGGGGUUGGGAGUGAUGGCCCCGUGGGGAUUUGUCCUGUGUGGGUCACCCCCACUGGGGGGGAUUGUCACAAACCUCAUUAAAAACCCUUCUGGGAGAUGUGA